UGGAAUGACUUCUAGGCAUGAGAAUGUGGUUAGGAUGGGCAGCUCUGGCUUCUCAUUGCCUUCUUACUUUUCCACUAAGGUGUUUUUCCAGGGAACCAGUCUGCCCUUUUGAAGAAAAGACAAAGGUAGGAACGAUGGUGGAGGACUACCUGGCAAAUUCUUACCAGGAUUCAGUGACGUUUGAUGAUGUGGCUGUGGAGUUCACCCCAGAGGAGUGGGCUUUACUGGACACAGCUGAGAAAUACCUUUACAGAGAUGUGAUGUUGGAGAACUACAUGAAUCUGGCCUCUGUGGAAUGGGAAAUACAACCUAGAAUCAAAGGGUCAUCACUUCAGCAGGGUUUCUUGAAGAAUCCAAUAUUCAAUGGGAUACAGAUGACAAGAAACUACAGUGGAUGGAAACUCUGUGAGAAUUGUGGAGAGGUCUUCAGUGAACAGUUUUGCCUUAAGACACACAUGAGAGCUCAAAAUGGAGGGAACACUUCUGAGGUUAAUUGUUAUGGAAAAGACGUCCUCAGUGUGGACAAGGAAGCCUCUAUUGGACAGGAACUUUCCAAAUUUAAUCCAUGUGGAAAAGUCUUCACCUUAACUCCAGGCCUUGCUGUACAUCUUGAAGUUCUCAAUGCAAGACAACCCUACAAACGUAAGGAAUGUAAAAAAGGCUUUGAGUAUUUUGUGAGCCUUGAUAAUCACAUGGGAAUCCACAUUGGACAGAAACUCUGUGAAUUUCAGGAAUGUGAGAGAGCCAUCACACCUUCCUCAUACCUAAAGGAGUGUGUAACAGUUCAUACUGGAAAGAAAUCUAAAAAGACUAAGAAUUGUGGGAAAUCCUCUACUAAUUUUUCUCAACUUUCUGCACAUGUGAAAACUCAUAAAGGAGAGAAGUUCUUUGAAUGUAAAGAAUGUGGAAGAUCCUUUAGAAAUUCCUCAUCCUUUAAUGUUCAUAUUCAGAUUCACACUGGAAUAAAACCACACAUAUGUACAGAAUGUGGGAAAGCCUUCACCAGAUCAACUCACCUUACUCAACAUGUAAGAACUCACACUGGAAUAAAACCCUAUGAAUGUAAGGAAUGUGGCCAAGCCUUCACUCAAUACACAGGCCUUGCUAUACACAUACGAAAUCACACUGGAGAGAAACCCUAUCAGUGUAAGGAAUGUGGGAAAGCCUUCAAUAGAUCUUCAACGCUUACUCAACAAAGAAUUCACACAGGAGAGAAGCCUUAUGAAUGUAUUGAAUGUGGGAAGACCUUCAUUACUUCUGAUCAUAGUAAACAUUUGAAAACUCACAGUGGAAAAAGGCCCUUUGUAUGCAAGAUAUGUGGUAAAGCAUUUAUGUAUUCCUCACCCCUUAAUGUUCACCUGCGAACUCAUACCGGAGAGAAACCCUUCAUAUGUAAAGAAUGUGGGAAAGCAUUUGCUGUUUCCUCACACCUAAGUAGACUUAAUGAAAGAAUUCACACUGGGGAGAAACCCUAUGAAAGUAAGGGUAUGAGUGUUACCAUUUAGCUCAUAGGUUGCCAUCUUUAAUUAUUGGCAGUGACACUAAAGAUAAUCAGAUUUGUCCUAAAUGCCUUGUGGAGGUUGUAAUGUCUCAUGGAUUGGCUUUGGAUGCCAUCCUGAGGGUCUGAAAUUAAACCUAUAGGUUCUGAAUACAACUUCAUGGUUGCCUGAGUCUGGGCAUCUGUGAAGAAGGGUCAUGGAUGGUGAGGUCAGUACUGCAGGCUGCCUCACAUUAGUGAUUAGUUUCCUAAGAUCAUAGCAUUAACAAGUUCUGUAUGAGAUAAGUCAUCUAGAUUGGUCCCAGCCCCUGUUAGUAAGAUGCUCCUCCAAGGGUAUCUUCUGUUCCCACGGAUCCUGCAGAGCAUGGCAGGUAUGAAACCAUCCUUAACUGCCAGUGCACUUUCACAGUGAUUAUUUCUGUGUCUCCUUCUUAUAAAAUCUACGAAGUGUGACAGCCUUACCUGUUCUGUCUUCUCUGUCCAUUUUAGGUGGCACAGUGUAAGUGGCAGUGUCUCUUCUAGUAUAAUCCAGUCUCUCUCCUCACUUCUGUUAAGAUGGCUGAUAUAGUCCAUAAAUCCCACUGAUGAUCUCUUUAUCAAAUGAUUGUUCAGCCACACAUUCAGGAUUCUCUUCAGUACAAGUUUUGUAAUUUUUGCAGUACGGAUAGGCUGAGAAUUUUCCAAAUCUUCCAAGUUCUGGUUCUGUUUUCUUUUAUAUUUCUUCUGCAGUUCAGGUCUUCUCUUUUGCAUUUUCUUGUAAGCAGUCAGGAAGAAUGAAGCUUCCUGUGUCCUUUAACACUUUAAUUACAGAUGUUAGUGAUAAAUACCCAAUUUUAUCUCUCUCAAGCUCUACUUUCCACAAAAUGCUAGAAUACAGUUCUGCCAAGUUC